AUGCCCUGCACCAUCCUCCCUCCGAAUUCCCGUUCCCUCAAGCAAAUCAAAAGGUGCUCCCCAAGCUCAAAACCAGGGCGGCGCAGACCGCCGCCGGCGAAGCGAACGAAGCGUCUUGUCGCCACCAUCCGAUACCUCUCCUCUUACCACCGCCUCUCCGCCGCCGUCAUCGCCUUCUCCCACCUCCGCCGCUUCCUCUCCCAUCCCUUCUCUCCUCAUCUCGACCACCCAAUCUCCUCUCUCCUUGCCUCCGCUUCCGCCCUCCGCUCAUUCUCACAUGGAUCCGGCCUCCACGCCCUUUCCCUCUCGCUCGGCCUCCUCCCGGCCAACCCCUUCACGGUCUCUCGCAUCGCGGCAUUCUACGCCUCCUGCGGACUUCUCGAUCGCGCCCGCGCCGCAGUCGAAGACUCCACCGCGGCCCUUGCUUUCCCGUGGAACAUUCUCAUCUCCGCCUAUCUUGCAAAAGAGCGCUGGCAAGAUGCGAUUUCUAGCUACAGGACGAUGCUCGAUAGAGGAAUCAAGCCAGAUAAGUUCACUAAUUCCUCCAUUCUGAAGGCUUGCGGUGAACUUCGUAAUCUCGGGUUGGGAAAACAAAUCCACCUCAAUAUAGAUUUCACCAAUUCAAACUGCGAUUUAUUCGUCUACAAUGCUCUACUGGCCAUGUACGCCAAAUGCGGUGCAGUGGAUAACGCCAGGAAGGUGUUUGACGAGAUGCCUGAACGAGACAUUAUCAGCUGGAACUCCAUGGUUCUGGCCUAUACCUCCGAGGGAAGAUGGGACGACUUCUCCGAACUACUGGAAAGGAUGAGGAUUGGGGGUUUCUUGCUCAAUUCCGUGACUUCCAACACCAUAAUUUGUGGCCUUAUCCAUUCCAACUAUUACAGCGAAGCACUCACAUUGAUCUCUCAAUCCAGACAAAUAUCACCUCCUUCUUCUCCAGAUUCUGUCACCUUACUCCUUGCCUUAAAAGCCUGCUCCGAAGUCCAUUAUCUGAAGCAAGGGAAGGCCAUUCAUGGCCUAACGAUUCGAAGCAACUUCAACGAGUUUGAAAACAUCAGCAAUGCCCUCAUCUCAUUCUACUUGAAAUGCCGAAACCUUCGCUACGCUCACAUCAUCUUCCAGAAUUGCUUGGCUCGAAGCGUCGUCACCUGGAACUCCAUAAUGGCCGCAUCUGCAAUACUAAACGAUGUCAAUGAAGCAUCUUUGGUUCUUCAGCAGAUGAUCGAAUCGGGAACACAGCCAAACCAAACAACCAUUGUAAUUCUCUUAGCCCUUUGUGCUGAUUGUGCAGAUUUAAGGCUUGGUAAGCUGCUUCAUUGCUAUGCAAUAAGACAUGGUUUUGAGGGUUAUCUUCCCAUUGCAAACUCUGUUGUGGAUAUGUAUUGCAAGUCAGGAAGACUCUCGGUCGCCCGCAAGGUCUUCGACAGGAUGGGAAGCCAUGACAGGAUCUCUUACACCGCCCUCCUUGCAGGCUACGCCGCGCGGCGAGAGGGGGCCGUCGUGCGGAAACUGAUAGAUGAGAUGGUUAGUCGAGGAAUUGAGCCGGACGAGAUUUUGAUCGAGGUGAUUCAAUCAGUUUGGCGUCGCCAUGGGAUUCAUGGGGGAGGUUUGUGUGCCUGUAAUGGCUGA